AUGUUCAGCGGCAUCGAGAAUUUUGACACGCAGGACGGGCCGACACUCGUCGAGAUCCACGGCAUGCUCGCCUCCGGCGCGACUGCAGAGCUCAAGUACCGCGCUGUCGGCGGCGCCGAGCUGCCUCGAUUCCCGCCGUCGCGACAGGGCGCCUUUGGCUUUGCACUUCCCGAAGGCGCGCACGCGGCGGCGCCGCCCCCCUCGCUCGCCGACACUUGGGAGGGCUCGGACGGCGCGCGCGCGCACCUCGCCGCCGUGGGUUUGGAGGACGACAGCGUCGCCCUGUACGACCUCUCCGCGCAGAGCUGGUCGCCCACCCGGCUCGCCCACGGCGGUAUGCGCAGCGUGACUUGCCUCGCGUGGCAGCCGCUGGCCGCCGGAAGCCUCGCCAUCGGGGCGGGCGGGGGCUUGUUUCUGUGGCGGCUCUCCUUCUCGCUCGCGGGCGGAGAAGUGGGCGGCGCCUCGCUCCUGCAGCGGAUCGCCUCGCCCCCCGUCGCGGCACUGACCUGGCACCCGCUCGGCGACUGGCUCGCUCUCGGCUCGCGGCACCGGCCCGCCGUCGCCAGCCUCGGCGCGGGGAGGCUGGCGGUCGGCUGGUCGGUCCGCGCACUCGGGCCAGUGCGUGGGCAUGCCUCGGGCGAGCCGCUCGUCUCGCUCCGCUUCACGGGCGGCCUCCCCCGCGGCUCUCUCCUCUCGAUGGCGUGGGGCGACGGCAGGGUGACCCUCGCCCCCCUCUACGAUGCCGAGGGCUGA